CAUUUUUUACAAGCUCCAUUGCGUACGUCGUACAGUACGUACCGCUAUGYACGUACGGUAGACGUAUCGUAGAAGCACUUCACUCGGGAACGCACUGGUACUAGUAUCCGUACAACGUACGUACUACAACACAUGACGGUGGSUAAAUAAUCUUGGAAACGGAAAAUGAAUCUUCUGAUUUUUUUGCCUGGUCGCAUUGUUCCUCGUGCCUUCUGCAUAGAGCAUYAGGCAAUAGGGUUGCAAAUUCUUGAUCGGACAAGAGAUUCUUACUUCCCUUGACGUCUUCACAUMAGAAAUAUUGUGAGCAACGAUGCCMGCCAGCACCAAGUUGCGCCGCAUCAGCAAUGUCAAUCUCAAGGGUCCCGAGGAGCUCGUUACCAUCACCAACCCAGAUGUAGAAGUUACUUUACCCGAGUUCCCGUACGGAUACMGGACAUCGGAAGCAACGUGGGAMGAGCUGGUUCAGAUCAUCGAGGUAGAAUACGACAUCCCGAAACUCUCACGAAGUCGGGACCAACARCAUCACUACGAGGUYUUUCGACACCACAUGAAGCAGCAAUACGACUCGUCAAGAGAUUUCAUUUUGAUAUCCAAGUUYGGCUUCGACGCGGUGCCAUCWAAUGCGAAGGAAGACGGCAGUGAAAUUCCAAACGACCAAACGACYAACAAUGGCAUCCCAUCGGAGCAGAAAUUGAAGGCCCACCCGUGCUUGGAGGAUGUUGACACUCCUAAAAUUGUUCUGGUACAAAACGAUUUCCCGUAUUACAUGGAGGAUAACGUCGUGCAUUACGUCUUGUGGAAAAUAAAAGAGCCCAUCACCGAAGAAGAAAUAAAAGAAGCUCGAGAAGAAUUGCAGUCGGAAAAAAUCAAAGCGUUGGGWAUCAUCCAGUGGAGAAAUCCACCCUACUUACAGAGUAUUCCUGCGAUUGAUCAUGUUCACUUCCUUUGCCGAAUCAAAUGAUUUCUUUUUUGGCAGAAUGACAUAAACUUGUUGC